CCUGAGCUGAGCUGGCCAAGCUAGCUUAGCUUGCAAGGCAAGGUCGACACGUCGGCAGUCAGUGCUGUGUGGCACAAAAUAUCCUCAACUGUGUGCUCCAUGUAACUCGUCUGUGGCUUGUCCAGAGCGUUGUGGUGCAUUGCCUGUCGCGGUUGCAAUAGAAUCCUGGUCCUGGAUAAAAUCGGAGCUCGAUCGUAUUCGAAUUCCAUUAAUUUUGCCAGCAUUUCAUUGUACACAUCGUUACUCUUUUAUCUGGAGCUAGUAAGUUUUGUGAAGUUUGUAGUCUUCUAACAAACAAGCAAUAUGCCGAAGAACUUCAAGGGAACCAACACCAAGGCGGUUGCGGCGCGCGAGCGGCGGGCGACUGCUGAGGCCGAUCGUGUGGCGAAGAAGCAGAAGGACGAGGAAGAUGAGUUUUGGCGAGAUGAUGAUAAACAUGUUGCCAGAAAACAGCAGCGAAAGUCUGAGAAAGAAAGUAAACGCAGUGAUCAACUGGAGCGUAAGAAAGAGCUAGCGUUGGAGCUGGAGAAGGAAGAGACAGCCAUUGCUACUGCAAAGGCUAGCAGCAAAACUCCUAAAAAGAUCACACGUGCGGAAAUCCGGGCUAGCGAGGAAGCAAGGCAACAGGCUGGUCGGAAAUCGCCAACACAGGAAGCAGAUUCUCGUGUUGUGGUCAAUCCCGAUCUUCUUGAAGAGAAUCCGAAUCAGGCUGUUGCAGCACAACUGUCAGCAGAUGGUGGUAUCGAGGCCAGGAGUGUAACGGACGCUAUUGCGGCACUAUCAGUUUCAGAAAAACCACUUGAGCGCCACCCGGAGCGCAGACUCAAAGCCACGUACGCUUCGUUUGAGGAGACCCGCUUGGCUGCAUUGAAGUUAGAGAACCCAUCAUUGCGUCAAUCUCAGCUGCGGCAGAUGAUCCGCAAAGAAUGGACCAAGUCUCCGGAGAAUCCCAUGAACCAGGAGCACACAACGUUUAAUGCCUGAAAGAAACAGCGGCCAGACCGGCGUCGCCACAUUUCCCUUCACCGUUCUGUACAAUGAAAGAGAGAAACUGCUGCUGCUGCUGCUUGCCACGCUCCAGUGAUCUUGCUCAGUCGAGUAUCAGCGAUGGAAUGAUAGACAGCAUGCAUGAUCCAGCAAUCAUUGGCUCAAGCACCAACACUGCCAAAGGUCCCGGUGUGACGUUGAGUAGCAGCAGUCGGCAUGUUGCCUUGAUAUGCUGCAACGUUAUGCUAGCAGCCGUAUGCGGUGAGUCGCUGUGGCCUCGAGGCAUUGUAUGAGUGUACUGCAUGCGUGCUCAGCUCUCCGUGUUUGUUGACCUUUGAAUAACACACUGCCAGUUGAGAUAGGAUGCCCCACGAGACUGUAUGCUCCUCGGUAUACAUGUAUGUGUGUGUGUGUGUGUGUGUUCACUGUUCAACACCAGUCAGGCUAUGUUCCAUUUGGUUCUUAGCAUGGUGUGUGACAUCUACUUUCUAGACACACUGCUAUUGCUGCUACUACUACUGUUGUUGCUGCUGGCAUUGCUGUUGGCAUGUUUUGAGGACUUCACUUGCCUUGAGAAUGGCUCUGCUAUAAUAUAUUUUCAUUCCUUUCCUUUUUUUAACUUUACAGAGAACGAACCUCCUGCAGGAAGUUACCAUGUGAAACCAAGCGUCUAGUCCUUUCUUGUUUAGAAUGUUUUGGACCCUACAGAUGUCUAGCUUUCGACCUGACAAUCACACAUCCACCACAUGUACUCUAAAGUACUUGCUAGGUUGAUAGCUGAGUGUCUUCACUUCUUUUCUAGUCUAGAUUGUUAUAGCAGCUUCUCCUUCUGUUUCACUGCUUCUACUGCACAUUUGUCCAGCUGUCUUUGUCGCCUCUGAUGUUGGGGCCCUUCCUCUUCAACCAAGGUCUUGGAACUGA